AUGGCUGGAAUAACGAUCCGAACCUCGGAGGGAUGGACUGGCGGAGACUCAUCCGGCAUCGUUGUUCCAAUGGUCAGUAUGCUUUUGACCUUCGGGGUUUGGUCGCCGACCCCACCUUUUGAUAAGGUUCCACGCAAUGGAGGGGCAGAGUCACUGAGACGGCAGGUUCUCGGCACCGGGCCGCCCGCCUUGAUCGUCUUCCGCGCCGGUUGUUUGUCGGUGACUCUUCAUUUUUCUCAUCUUAUGACACAUCUGGAGCUUCCACGCCCUGUGCAUUACAUCUCGACUCCCCCUUCAGUCGUUCAAGAUCUUGUCACCCCUCUUCACUUGGCAUCUUUCACGACAAACAACACAAUGGCUGGAGAUAUCCCCACGAACGGUGACACGGCGACCCGGACCGCUCCCGGGGCCGGCUCCGAAGGCCCGACGACGGCCGCUGCCAGCAAGAGAGAGCUCUCGCUUGCUACGCUUUCUGUCCACGCUGAUGAUGGCAUCAGCAGCCACCGCGCCAUCGCGCCGGCGAUGCACGUGUCGACGACGUUCAAGUACCACAGCAACCCGGAUGAGCUCCGUUCAGGGGAGAAUGUCGAUCCCUCCGCCCCGGGCGACUCCCACAUCUACUCCCGCUACUCGGGCCCCAACACAACCCGCCUCGAGGCAAUCCUCUCCAGCGUGCUCCGCGGUCCCACCCUGACCUACUCCUCGGGCCUCUCCGCCUUCCACGCCAUGCUCGUCUUCCUGAACCCGAAGCGCGUGGCCAUCGGCGGCGGGUACCACGGCUGCCACGGCGUCAUCAAGGUCCUCGCGAAGCUCAACGGCCUGCAGCAGCUCGAGCUCGACGACGCCUCGCUGGAGAAGCUGGAGGCCGGGGACGUGCUGCACGUCGAGACGCCGCUGAACCCGACGGGGGAGGCGCGGAACCUGGCGUAUUUUAGGCAAGUUGCGAGCAGGAAGGGCGCGUACUUGACGGUGGAUGCCACGUUUGCGCCGCCGCCUUUGCAGGAUCCGUUUGCGUUGGGCGCGGAUGUCGUGAUGCAUUCUGGGACCAAGUAUUUCGGGGGGCAUUCGGAUAUGUUGUGCGGGACGCUGAGUCUGAACCCCAAGCGCGCGGACGAGUGGAUGCCGGAGCUGUUGAUGGAGAGGUGUUUUAUCGGGAGCGUGAUGGGGAGUAUGGAGGGGUGGUUGGGCGUCCGGUCGCUGAGGACGUUGGAGCUGAGGGUCAAGAGGCAGUCCGAGUCCGCGACGAAGCUUGUCGCGUGGCUUGAUGGGGAGGUUCGCGGGAACCCCGGGGGGCUGGUGGGUAGCGUCGUCGACGCGGUGCAGCACGCGAGUUUGCAGACUGCGGAUCUGGAGGCGGGGUGGUUGAGGGAGCAGAUGCCCGGCGGGUUCGGCCCCGUGUUUGCGUUGUUGUUGAAGGACGAGGGGGACGCGAAGAGGUUGCCGAGCAAGAUGGGCUUGUUCCACCACGCUACGUCGCUGGGUGGUGUCGAGAGUCUUAUCGAGUGGCGGGCGAUGAGCGAUAGCGGGUGCAGUAAGAGGUUGUUGAGGGUGAGUGUUGGCGUGGAGGGGUGGGAGGAUUUGAGGGAUGAUUUGAUUCAGGGGUUCGAGGCGUUGGUGAAGGAAAAGAAGAAGACGGUUUAA